AUGGCUUUCGCUCCACCCCCAGCCCCAAAGACCGCUCUUGGUCACUAUAGAAUGCUUUCACCCACAGCAUCAGUUAGAGUGAGCCCUCUAUGCUUGGGAGCAAUGAACUUUGGAAACGCAUGGGAGAGCUUCAUGGGAGCUUGCGAUCAAAAACAAUCCGAGGAGAUCUUGGAUUUCUUCUAUGAGUCUGGCGGAAACUUCAUUGAUACCGCCAACAAUUAUCAAGCCGAAGAGUCCGAGGAAUGGAUUGGUGAAUGGGCUGAAAAGCGUGGAAUUCGAGACCAACUGGUUAUCGCCACAAAGUUCACAACUUGUUACCGAGCUGGACAUGGCGACAAAGAAAUUUUGAUCAAUACUACUGGAAACGGAACAAAAUCUCUCCAUUUAUCUCUUGAAGCAAGUUUAAAGAAGCUGAGAACCUCUUACAUCGACCUUCUGUAUGUUCAUUGGUGGGACUUCACUUGCUCGAUUCCAGAACUCAUGCAAUCAUUGAACGCAUUGUUCUAUCUAUACCUUGGAAUUUCAGAUACACCAGCUUGGGUUGUAUCGAAAUGCAACCAAUAUGCUCGUGAUCAUGGAUUCCGUCAAUUCUCAGUGUAUCAAGGACGCUGGUCUGCCGAGAACCGUGAUUUCGAGCGUGACAUCAUCGAUAUGGCUGCUGAUGAAGGGAUGGGAUUAGCUCCUUGGGGUGCAUUGGGAGGUGGUCACUUCAAAAGCGACGAGCAACGCAAAUCCGACGAAGGACGAAAGAUGUGGGAACCAACCGAGGCUGCCAUCAAGAUAUCUAAGGUUCUUGAGAAGAUUGCCAAUGAGAAGAAGACCAUAAUUACUAGUGUAGCACUGGCAUAUGUGUUGAGAAAGGCGAAAUACGUAUUCCCAAUCGUUGGCGGAAGGAAGAUUGAGCAUCUGAAGGGAAACAUUGAAGCCUUAUCGUUGGAGCUGAGUGAUGAUGAUAUUAAACAGAUUGAAGAGUCAAACGCGUUUGAUAUCGGAUUCCCUCUUAAUUUCUUGGGAGGUCCAAACGGAGUGAAGAGUCCAGGUGAUGUAUGGUUGAUGAAGUCAGCUGGUGUAACUGAUCAUAUUCAACCAUCUAAGCCUCUUUCGCCACAUAAGCAAUAA